CCACUACCUGUUGCUUUCAGUCAUGCCUUCUGAUCUUCUCGAAUGCCUUGGGAAGCACAAUCGGUGAGUUCUUGGACUGCGGUAGAAUCGCUCGCAGGCGUGUGAUCCCAGUCGAUAACGUGGCUUUUGGCCCUGGACUUCGUCAGCGCCUGGGAAGCCUUGGUGGAAAGGCAACCCAACCAAACUCCAUCGAACACCAUAGGACAGGACACUCAACCACCUAUCCGGGCGCAUUGAGCAAGACCUGUUCGCAGAAACGGAACGAACACGCUGGCAUAACGAGCUCCUCGGACCAAAGUUCGUCCGGGUUCCCUUCGGAACGAUGCAAACAUCCGAGAUGAAGCUCUCGUCAAUUGAUUGUUGCCUUGGUUGACACGGCAGCUCGUUUCCUCUUAAGCACUUGACUCCAUCCAUCUUUGGAAGAGAAAGCUGAACACCGACGGAUUCGAUCGACUAUUUCUGGCCCAGUUUCGACGGCUACACGCAUUAAAGAAAGCGCGGAUCUCAACAAUGGCGUACACUCUCACGCUUCCCGACCGCUACGGGUGAGUUCCGCUCUAACCCAACUUCCCCGGAUUCGCACGAGCUGACAGAAAUGAAAAACUUGAAGCUAUGUCGUCCUCGUCGCUCUGGGGGCCAUUCCGUUCCUCUCCUGGAUGCAAGGCAACGUGGUGACCCGCCUGCGCAAGCCAGCCGGCGUGCCUUACCCGAACGCCUACGCGUCGCAGGAGAAGUGCAAGGAGAGCCAAGCCGCCUACAAGUUCAACUGCGCCCAGAGAGCGCACGGCAAUCUGCUCGAGAACAUGCCCCAGACGAUCGCCUACAUGUUGUUUGCGGGCUUGGAGCAUCCCACGGCCACGGCCGCGUUGGGGACGGCCUGGCUCGCCUUCCGAAUCGCCUUCGCUUUUGGCUAUAUCAGCAGCCAGAAGAAGAAUGGAGCCGGCAGGUUUUUCGGAAGCGCCUUUUGGUUGAUGCAAGGUGGACUCUGGGGCUUGUGCGUGUCUACGGCUCUGAAGAUGCUUUGAGGCAUGUUUCUCUUUCGCUUCGACGUUGAGAUUGGCAACUACGGGGAGAGGGCAGAGAUGAUGGACUAGAUGAUGAGAGAGGCGAUACAAGUAUCCUUGAAGUUCCAUAGUAACGGGCGACGUAUGCCUAUCGACAAUCUCGACUGUUCGCAGGUCAAAUGUUGAUGCGACGAGGCUUAAUAGACAGUCGCAAAAGAAUCGCAGAGAGGAUUCGCAUACAAGUAGUUAUCC